AUGUGUCUGUCGGCGUACUCGACAACGAGUCUGGAAGAUGUCAUCGCCGAGGGGGCGGGGAAUCCAUACGCAAUGCAGGUGUCCUUUUUCCAGGAUCGGGAGGUUACGCGUCGGUUGAUUCAACGGGCUGAAGGUGAGUUGCUAUAUCAAACUGGCUUCUGUCCAUGCGGCUACCUUCCUAUAGAAGCAGGAUACAAGGCGCUAUUCGUCAGCGUCGACCUUCCGGUGCUGGGGAACCGGCUCAAUGAGAAGCGGAACAGGUUCUGCUUUCCGCCGCAUGUCACAUUCCCCAAUAUUCAACAGGAGACGGACGACGUGAUGAAGCAUUACGGGGCGGGAUAUGACUCGACGCUUACGUGGGACAAGACUAUUCCGUGGCUGAGGAAGAAUACUACCCUGCAGAUCUGGCUUAAAGGGAGUAAGUAG